UGACAUAGACGAAACCUGCCAGAAUCCGACCGUUAGUGACGCCGAAGCCAGACCGGAGGUGCGCUGCUCUACGGGGCCGUUAACGUGCUUAAGAACCCAACGACAGAAACACAGCAGAGACGAUGGCUGAAGGCGAUAACAAAAGCGCCAACAUGCUGGCUCAGGAGACGGCCCAGCUGGAGGAGCAGCUGCAGGGAUGGGGCGAGGUGAUCCUGGCCGGAGAUCGGGUCGUACGCUGGGAGAAGCCGUGGUUCCCAGGAGCGCUGAUGGCUGCCACCACCCUUCUCUUUAUGCUGAUUUACUACCUGGACCCGUCUGUGCUGACUGGGCUCUCCUGCGCCGUCAUGCUGCUCUGCCUCGCCGACUACCUGGUGCCCACCCUCGCUCCCAGAGUCUUCGGCUCCAACAAGUGGACCACCGAGCAGCAGCAGCGCUUCCAUGAGAUCUGCGGUAACCUGGUGUAGACGCAGCGUCGUAUCGUGGGCUGGUGGAAGCGUCUCGGAGCCCUGAAGGAGGAGAAGCCCAAAAUGUACUUUGCUUCAGUGAUCAGCAGCCUGCUGGCCGUGGCCUGGAUCGGACAGCAAGUGCACAACCUGUUCCUCACCUACCUGAUCGUGAGCUUCCUUCUGCUGCUGCCCGGCCUCAACCAGCACGGCGUCAUCUCAAAGUACGCCUCCAUGGCCAAGAGGGAGAUCAACAAGCUGCUCAAACAGAAGGAGAAGAAGAACGAGUAGAGGGACGUGUGGAGGGGGGGGCUCAGCAGCGAUGGAAGGUGGGGGGUGGAAGUUGUAUUGAAGAAACGGAGAGGAGAGUCCAAAUAGAAGCCUCCUGCUCCUCGGGUCUCUGCUGCAGAGCAGGACGCACCUUUUUAUUUCCUCACACAUUGGAUAAGUUUCAUUUCUCUCUUUGGAACCUCAACAGCCCAUUUGUCCUUUGAAUUUACCCGCCGCCAUGCAUGCAUGCCGUCAAGGGUAUCUUAACCGCACUGAGAUACACACACACACACACACGCGCACAGAGGCUAAAGCUCCAGUCUGUUUCUUACUUUGAGUGCGCUUCAUUUUAAGAUGUCAGUAAUGCUUUUAAGCCAUUCCCUCUACUUCGACAAAGUUACUACUGAGCUGUUCUUGUAGCAUUACUGCAUCAUUUUAACCCUCAUAGAUCCCUCACAGUAUUUCCUUUUUGUUUUGUUCAGACGUUUUUGUCACAUAUGGACCGGUCAUGUGAAUUUUCCAGGCUUGUUCUGCUUUGGUUGUGUUUAAAGAUAAUAUCGCUGACAUGAAACUGGAUUUAAAGUGUAGCCUGUCGGGAGUUGUUUCUUGAUCUAAGCUGCUGAACCUGCUAGCUCUUAUAAACUGGUGUAAAUAGACCCAUGUGUGUCCAUGUGUCCCUCAGUCCUCCUCGUCUCUUCUUAUUUAUGUUUUCUCUCCUUUCUUCUACGUCUUUCAACUCAUUUCAUUUUUUGUCUUGAUUGGGGCUCAUUUCAAAACGAAUAAAGUUUGACUUAACGUUUGACUUA